AACUGCAAAGAGAAUUCUCCAACGAUUUUAGUUUAGAAACCUGGAAGAAAGAAACACGCACUGACAGUGUGACUGUGUGGGAGUAGUUGAUGAGGAAAGAUGUCCAGAAUCCCGCAUGAGCUAAUCCGCCAAGUCCAGAUCUCUACCCGGACAGCUGCGGGCCUGUCCGAUUACAACCCCUCCAAUCCGACCCUGCCCGCUCUGCCAUCUCUCUCCGCCGUGAUAGCUGCCUUCGAUCCCUCGCCGCCACACCUGCGAUGCGAGAACUGUAACGGAGGGCUACUUAGAGGAUCCGAGUCUAUAAUCUGUGUGUACUGCGGCCGUGGGCCCCAUUACGAUGUCGUUCCAGACCCCAUCUCCUUUUCUUCCACCAUUGGGUAUCAGUGGUUGCUCCGCUCUCUUCAUCUCGAUGGAUCGGAAAUGGUCAAUCGAACAAACAAAAGUGAGCAAGAUCAAGGCCAGAGCUCACCUAAAACUUUGACCCCAUUGUCUGAUUUCUUAAACUUUAAAGUACAAUGGCCAGCUGAAACAGAGAAGGAAGAGAGUAGUUUAUCAGACAAGCCUUCUGAAGAGAGUAAAGGAUCCUUGAGUUUAACUGGAGUGGCUCCACAUAAAUUCUUUAUAAAAUCAAAGAGGGACGUCCUGUCUGAUAUGCCCGCCGAACAGCUGUUUGUCGACAACCAGUUUGAGAAUGCAGGAAGAAAAGAUAUUGCUGCUCCUGACCAUCAAAAUUUGUUUCAAAAUUUGUCCUCGAGGUGGGAGGCAGAUUUUCAGUCUGCUGAUUCUGUAAAUCAUCAUAGUGGUUAUGAGUCAUCCAAGAAUUUCGCAGGUUCCUCAGACAAUUCUGGAAAUAAAAUCCAGGAUUCCCAGUCAAUUGACUGUUCCACUGAUGUGGAGGGUGAUCUUGCUGCUGAAAUCGAUUCUGUGUUUGGACCUGGAAAAGAUCAGAAUGAUGAAAACCCAAAAGACAAUCCAGCAGUUACUCCAGCAUUUGAUGACUUGAAUUCACAAGACAUGUGGAAUAAUCUGAGGUCCAAUGACUCUCGCUUUGCUGGUGGUUUUGAUGCUACUAUCAGCAGUAAGGAUGCUCCUAAGGAUGAUCAUGCAUUAGAAAAUUCGAAAGAUUUUUCUACUGGUGUUGAUUUAUUUCAAGACUUCCAAUCACAAACCAACUAUACAGAGAUGACGGAAAAUAAGAUGAGAAAUGAGGACCGGGAGAUAAUAAAUGAUGACAAACAAAAAGACAAUCCAGCAGUUACUCCAGCAUUUGAUGUCUGGAAUUCAGAUGACUUGUGGAAUAAUCUGAGGUCCAAUGACUCCCACUUUUCUGGUGGUUUUGAUGCUACUAUCAGCAGUGAGGAUGCUCCUAAGGAUGAUCAUGCAUUAGAAAAUUUGAAGGAUCUUUCUACUGGUGCUGAUUUAUUUCAAGACUUUCAAUCACAAACCAACUAUACAGAGACGACAGAAAAUAAGAUUAGAAAUGAGGACCGAGAGAUAAUAAAUGAUGACAAACAAAAAGACAGUCCAGCAGUUACUCCAGCAUUUGAUGACUGGAAUUCAGAUGACAUGUGGAAUAAUCUGCAGUCCAGUGACUCCCGCUAUGCUGGUGGUUUUGAUGCUACUAUCAGCAGUAACGAUGCUCUGAAGGAUGAUCAUGCAUUAGAAUAUUCGAAGGAUCUUUCUGCUGGUGCUGAUUUAUUUCAAGAUUUCCAAUCACAAACAAAUUAUAUGGAGAUGACAGAAAAUAAGACAAGAAAUGAGGACCAAGAGAUAAUUAAUGAGGAUUCAUUUGAAAAAUGGAAUGAUUUCUUUACAGGCUCAAGCAGCUUACAAGUUCCUCCCCAAAGUGCUGGCAUUCAAAGUGAUUAUCAGGUUCCCAUUUCCGACCAAAAGUCCUCAGAGAUAGAUUUACUCAGCUUGGACAAUCAGUUCAAUGAAGGAAAUCUCGGUAGCUUUUCUCAACCAAAUCUGUCCUCAGAGAUAGAUUUACUCAGCUUGGACAAUAAGUUCGACGAAGGAAAGCUCGGUAGCUUUUCUCAACCAAAUCUCUUUCCCACCUCAACUAGCGAUACCGAUGCUCUUACAGAAGCCAAUAUGAUUAUGCCUGAAAAUCAUGCUUCAAGCGGUGAUGCUAGCAGCCCUUCUUAUGAAUCUGGACAAGGUGCAAAUAACGGAGAUGCUGCUGGAAAAUCCCUCGACGAUGAUGUCAAGAUGCUGAUUUCACAGACGCAUGAUCUUUCUUUCAUGCUCGAGACCAAUCUCUCCAUCCCCUCAGGUUCAGAGGCCCCCAAGUCGCCUCCAAGCCCCAAGGAUUGAGAAGCUGUGUUAAAUCUAAGCGUGUUUGUUGCUUCUAUUGUACUUGUCUUGGUAUGCCUUUUAAGUUCCGGGACAUUUUUUUCAUCAAGUCCCACCAUUCCUUUACCACCGUUUUUAUCUGUAUGUCAUGGUUCUGUAGAUGCAGUAUCAGGUACUGAGAAGCUCUAGUCUUUUGGUGCAGAGUUUAUCAUAUUUUGGUAAUAUUGUCUUAGAUUUGUGCUCAUUAUCUUGUUGAACUGUUCUUUUCUGGUAAUUUCAUGAAAGGAGAGCACCUCACAGUUCAUAGUUAGGUCUCUUACCUCUCAUUUGACCUACCAAAACCAACGAUGUUUAUAACCACCAAGUACAUAAAGAAGCAGGAAACCACGAAGAUCACCUUGAGCAAGUGGAUAAACUUCCCAGCAUUUUGAAUCUUGUACCAUAUUUUUCCCGAUUAUGCUUUUGCAACAUCAAAGGUUACCUCAACAUUGCAUCCAGGUCCAGCAGCCACAAAUUCAACUUGCACUGAGUUGGUGGCUAUCCCUUUCUGGAAGGUUGGGGUUUCGUGGCCGAUGCCCCCCCCCCCACACCCCCAACCCAA